GUGGCAACACGUGAAGUUUGCCUGGAGGUAACCAUGUUAGCCCAUGAAGAUAGUUCUCCAGAAUCAGAUUCUGACUUUGAUGCCUCAGAGUUGACAGAUAAAGAGUUGCAGGAAGCAUUUUCUCAGGGGAAACUAAAGCCUGGAUUAAAUGUGAUCUUAGAAGGAAAGAAGAAACCUUUCAAUGAUGUGUCUGGCUUACGGCAGAGUUUAAAGGAUCUCAUGAAUGAAUUGCCCUGGGCAGAGCGUAUGGAUGUAACUGUUGAUCCUGUAGCUGAGACAGCUGGGCAGAAUGGGCAGACUGCUCCAAACACACCAGACAUCAAUGCAGAGGAUGAUUUUCAGCGGGAGAUGUGCUUUUACCGUCAAGCCCAGGCUGCUGUAUUGUAUGCUUUACCGCGUCUUCAUCAGUUAAAGGUGGCAACCAAGCGCCCAGAUGAUUAUUUUGCAGAAAUGGCAAAGACUGACCAACACAUGCAGAAGAUUCGACAAAAACUCCAGAUAAAACAGGCUGCAAUGGAGAAGUCUGAAAAGGCAAAACAACUGAGGGCUCUGAGGAAGUAUGGUAAAAAGGUGCAAACUGAAGUAUUGCAGAAGAGACAGAAAGAGAAAUCAGCCAUGAUGACACAAAUUAAAAAAUACCAAAAAGGUCUUUCAGAUAAAUUGGAUUUUCUGGAAGGGGACCAAACUCAGAAGAAGAACAAGACUGGUGGAUCCGCUGCCCAGAAGGCUAAAAAAGGGCCAAGUGCAAAGCGACGCUACAAGGACCAGAAGUUUGGCUUUGGAGGUAAAAAGAAAGGCUCAAAGAGAAACACAAAAGAAAGUUACAACGAUGUAUCCGGUUUCCGAGCUAGUGUGGCACAUGGAAAGGGACAACGCAGGCCUGGGAAGAAGGGUGGCAAAAAUGCUAAUAAAAGACCAGGUAAAAAAGUAAGACAGAAAAUGAAGAGCAAAACCAGAUGAACAGAAGAAAUGACAUAAUGGAAUGAUGACCUUUUUCUCCAACCCAGUUCACUGCUACAUCCAUACUAGCAGCAAAUUGCUUGCUACCUAGAGACUGUACAGACCUCCAACAAAGCCAUCUUCUUAUGGAAAUUUGGAGAGAUGCAGCUGUAAACUUUGCAUUUGUUUUUAAUUCUGCCAUAAUGCUGAAAACUGGCAUUAAAUAUGGCUAGGUUGUGUGUGCCAAGGUUUUGAGAAAAAACUGCAACAAUAAACGAUGUACAAUGCC